GGGCGGGCGCUGCCAGAGCCCGCAGCCCUGGCGUCCGCCGCCGCCUCCCGGACCUCCGCCGCAAUAUGCCGCCGCGGCCCUCUGGCUCUCGGCCAUGGCGAGGCUCAGCCGGCGCGUCCCUUGCACCCUGCUCCUCGGCCUGGCCGCGGUGCUGCUGAAGGCGAGGCUGGUCCCUGCGGCCGCCAGAGCUGAGCUCAGCCGUUCCGACCUCAGCCUCAUCCAGCAGCAGCAGCAGCAACGGCAGCGGGAGGAAGCUGAGGAGGAGAGGCCAGAGGUGCCCGCGGCAUCCUCUACCAUCACUGCUCCCGUGUCUGUAUUUAUGCUGAAAGUCCAGGUGAAUGACAUCAUCAGUCGUCAGUACCUGAGUCAAGCAGUUGUAGAAGUGUUUGUAAACUACACAAAGACAAAUUCCACAGUAACUAGAAACAAUGGAGCAGUGUUGAUAAGAGUACCCUACAAGUUAGGACUCAGCCUAACCAUUAUUGCUUACAAAGAUGGCUAUGUGUUGACACCUCUGCCUUGGAAGACUGGAAGAAUGCCAAUAUAUUCAUCAGUUACACUUUCACUGUUCCCACAAAGCCAAGCAAAUAUAUGGCUAUUUGAAGACACUGUUUUAAUUACUGGAAAAUUAGCUGAUGCCAAAUCUCAACCAAGUGUUCAGUUUUCAAAAGCCUUAAUUAGACUACCCAACAGCCAUCACAUUAGCAACGUUACAGGCUACCUUACAGUCCUACAACAGUUUUUGAAAGUGGAUAAUUUUCUGUAUACGACUGGAAUUACUCUCAAUCAGUCAGGUUUUGAAGGCAAUGAACUGACUCCUCUUGCUGCAAUAUGUGUGAAAAUAUAUUCUGGAGGUAAAGAAUUAAAGGUGGAUGGCUCUAUUCAAAUUUCUCUCCCACUUCUACGUACAAAUGGUAUAAGUGCAGGGGAUCACAUACCUGCCUGGACAUUUGAUAUGAACACAGGUGCUUGGGUAAAUCAUGGCCGGGGAAUGGUCAAGGAAUAUAACAAUCAUUUAAUUUGGACAUACGAGGCACCUCAUUUGGGCUACUGGAUAGCAGCUCCACUUCCAGGAACUAGAGGGUCAGGUAUAAAUGGAGAUUCAAAGGACAUAACUGCCUACCACACAGUGUUUCUUUCAGCCAUAUUAGGAGGAACAAUAGUCAUUGUCAUUGGAUUUUUUGCUGUACUUCUUUGUUAUUGCAGGGAUAAGUGUGGUACUCCGCAGAAAAGAGAACGAAAUAUCACUAAACUUGAGGUCCUCAAGAGAGACCAGACAACUUCAACAACUCACAUAAAUCACAUCAGUUCAGUCAAAGCUGCAUUAAAAACCGAGGACAAGUCACAGUUAUUCAGUGCCAAAAGCUCCUCGUACAACCCUCAGCAAAAGGAACCAUCAAAGGUAGAAGCAGAAGAAAGAGUUUCCAUGGUAAAAACUCGGGACAGUUUAAAAAUCUACAAUGAAGAUGUUUCAUUUCUGUCAGUCAAUCAAAAUAAUUACUCAAGAAACCCAGCUCAGUCUUUGGAGCCCAAUGUAGGGUCCAAACAACCUAAACAUAUUAACAACAAUAUAUCUUCAUCUCUAGGUGAUGCUCAAGAGGAAAAGAGGUAUCUCACAGGUAAUGAAGAUGUGUAUGGGCAUUCUCACAUUCCAGAACAGCUUAUGCACAUCUACAGCCAGCCCAUUGCCAUCCUUCAAACAUCUGACCUCUUCUCCACUCCAGAGCAGUUACAUACUGCUAAGUCAGCUACUUUGCCAAGAAAGGGACAGUUAGUCUAUGGCCAAUUGAUGGAACCAGUAAAUAGAGAGAACUUUACACAGACAUUGCCCAAAAUGCCAAUGCAUUCUCAUGUACAGCCUCCAGAUGCCAGGGAAGAGAAUAUCCCACUCGAAGGUCAACAGAGCUUGCCAUCCCAAACUUCAGAUUGGAGCCGGUAUUCAAACAGCCUACUAGAAUCUGUUUCUGUUCCUGGAACACUAAAUGAAGCUGUUGUAAUGACUCCCUUUUCAUCAGAGCUUCAAGGAAUUUCAGAACAGACCCUCCUAGAACUGUCCAAAGGAAAGCCCUCCCCCCAUCCCAGAGCCUGGUUUGUGUCUCUUGAUGGAAAGCCAGUCGCACAAGUGAGGCACUCCUUCAUAGACCUGAAAAAGGGCAAGAGAGCCCAGAGCAAUGACACGAGUCUGGACUCUGGGGUAGACAUGAAUGAGCACCACUCCAGUAGAAAACUGGAGAGGGAAAAAACAUUCAUCAAAAGUAUGCAUCAGCCUAAGAUCCUUUACUUAGAAGAUUUAGACCUGAGCAGUAGUGAGAGUGGAACCACUGUCUGCUCCCCCGAGGACCCAGCUUUAAGGCACUUCCUAGAUGGAGGGAGUGGAGCUAUCAUGGAGCACCCUGGGGAAGAGUCCCCAGGAAGAAAAAGCACCGUUGAAGAUUUUGAAGCCAAUAUAUCCCCCACUAAAAAAAGGGGAAGACCAACACUAGUCAAAAAAGAUAGCAAGACUAAUAUCUGGAAGAAGCGAGAGGAACGCCCACUGAUUCCCAUCAAUUAACACCAAGAGUGGUUGUGUCUGCUGUCUCGUGCUGUUUAUUCUUGCUUGUUGUUGUAAACUGCCAUAUGAACUUCUGCAGAAGUUGAGACUGAGCAAUCUCAUGGUCCCUGGACAUGUCUCAAGCAGAGUAAAUAGUAAAAUGGUCAUUCAGUAGUGAGAGAAAGAUACCAAGGAAUGCUUUUUCUGGCCUAUUCUUUUCAUUUAUUUUUGGGUGAUGAAUUUGAAGUAUCCAAGCGUUCAAAAUGUAAAAUAGCUUCAAGAUGUUAGUUAUCCAAAAAUGUUGCUCAGUCAGCAAGUUGAGUCCUGACUCUGAAGAAUAACAGUGAAAAGUGUACUCCUAAAGUUGCUUCCAAAAAUGUUGCUUCUGCUUUGAUGACUACCCCUGUGAAAUGAAAAUGUAUUCUUCAGGCAUCAUAUUCUUGUGAAAUGUUACUAUUAUGUUCUCCACUGCCUAUACUUGAAAAUAACUUGAUAAAUAUUCUGGAUUGAUGUUAUUCUAGAGUUCAAAGGCCAAACCUCAUUUUCUUUCUUUUUUAAACAGCAUGUGUUUUAUUAUCAACCCAAAAGUAAAUUCCAUACUCACAUAAGAUGGGCAAGAAGCUACUUGGUUGUUAGAGAGGGAAAUGCCAGCUCUUUGGUUGUUUUUGGAUACAACGUCACAGAAUAAAAAGGUGUUAGUUUAUUUAGAAAUCUGAGAAAUGAAUGCCCUGAUACUGAAUUUUUAUUUAAAAAUUUCUUACCCCCUUCCCCAUCACCAAAAGUGAAGUGAGCUUAGCUGUUAAGGAAAACUUUUUACCAAUCUAAAACAAAAAAACCCAAACAUUCCUCCCCCUCCCCAGUUUUUAGUUUAAGACUCACUGAUGAUACAUGUAGGCUAAAAUCAGUUUUAAGAUAUUUCUUCUAUUUAAAAAAAAUUCACUCACUUAAACACUAUUAAAUUUGAUUUAAAAAAUCAAUGAAUUGAAAGUUUCUUAUGAACACUCAAAAUUAAAAUAUGUGGAGCUAAAGGAAGUAAAUAUUUCAAUAUUUUCUGAAAUGUCAAGCAGAAAAAAACAAGCCAUUUCCCUGAGACUCAAAAAUACCUUCAUGAUACUAGGUAGAGUAUAUGCAGAUCUUUUUUUCAGUUGACAUUCAUAAAAAAUGUUUGGGAAAAACAGUUUCAAUUUCAUGGGAAAAGUAAAAGAUUUUUCUUAAAUCACUUAAAUGCUUUAAGUUAUAUAAAUAUAAACAUUUUUUCCAAGUUUGGAAGUCAUAUAUUCAUAUUCUUUUCAUCAUAGCAAAGAAUUCAGUGUGAACACAUUAACAGCUGUUUUUAAUUAUGUGUUUUCAACUCCGAAUUAUCAUUCAUAUGUCCUAAAAAUGAAGCUCUUUGUUAAUUAAAAUUUUCUUAAUUUCCAUAAAGACAGAUGUCUGAAGCAGCUUCCCCUUUCCCCUGGGGGAAAGUGAAACUAAAUUGCUUUAUUUCUCAUGCCCUACUAAUUAACUUGGAAGCAACAUAGAGACCCAAGGCACAUAAACAAGUUGAAAGAACUAAAAUUAGCCACAUUAGCUUCAGUCAAAUUAUAUAGAUAUACAACAAAAGACAACAGCUUUUUCCCCCAAGACGGUAGACUUCAGCCAGUUUUUUCCUACAACCAUUUCUGAAGCAUCUAACCUGUCAGAUAACACUACCUUUCUGUAUUAACCCAAAGAAUUUAAGACCUAGGCAAAAGUUUGCUAUAUUCUACCCCAAUCCAUGAAAGAGAUAAAUGUUUUGGAUAAUACCUAGAUUUACUUUUUUUUUCGCGGGGGGGGGGGUGAUAAGGUCCAA